AUGGAGAUACUUGUUGGAAUGCAGACGGAGACGGACGAGAUGAUUCAAUUCCAUCACCCUCAGAACGCAUUGAACGGAGUGUGUUAUAUGGAUCUUGUGAACCAGACCGUUUCAUUUCACUCGGAAUUUGAUCAUUCGAGGCGACACGUGGCAAAAAAAAAAAAACAAAAACUCACUGCAUUCGGAGCAAUAUUUGCUGGUGGAAGAUGCGCCAAAGAUUCUUUGACUGUUGAAAACGAUGAAUUACUUCCAGUUUCAGAUGAUUUCUGUCUUGCAACUGUUGGUUUGACUGCCGUCACUGCUGAAUGUUGUUUCGUCGAACCACUUCUUCUGGAAAUGUAUACAUUUUUUAUUCUCUUCUUUUGCGAGUCUUCAAGUGUUGGUAAUAAUAGUAAAAAAGUUGAAAAAGUGAUGAAAACGGAGGGGACGGAGCAUCUCACGUCGGCUCGCCCAUCGACCAGUGUCCUGCUCGGGUCUUGUGUCGUGUGUAAUGUAGUCAAUGGCUUCUUUGAACUUGCUUCUGUGUUGAUGGUGACGGUGUCGAGCCUGAUCUAUCACAUGGUCAAUGUUCUUCGACGCCACGUCAAGGGUGCCACUACUGGAAAAUACAGAAUCACACCUUGGGAACGGGAAUAUUUUCCAGAUUAA